CUCGACUCCACUGCGCUGUAUGCAGACGCACGCGCUCCUGACGAGACAAAGACAAUGAGCUGUCACAGUUUCAGAUGAAUUACUGUGAGUUCUGAGAGAAAGACAUGCUGAAAGGAAAGUCCAAAGAGCGACAAAUCGGUCUGUUGUACUCUAGGAACCCGCUGCUGGAUCAAGACUACCUGUGGGCGCUGUAGUGAAAGGAACAACAGCUAGCGGCGUUAUCAAUCUACCAGCGAAACACACAACACACAUUUAUAUGGCAAAGUUCCUCGCUGAGCUGCUGGGAUGUACACUGCCCGAGAAAGGAGCAUCUCCCAUGUUCGAGUGCAGGAGUCAGCCACACAUCGGACUGAGGCACGUCACCAAACAACGGCCCACCAUAUUUGGGACACUUAUUGAAAAACCACUUGGGGACCACAAUGCAGACAAAAUGCCUCAGACGCCACCCUUUCCAGUGAUGUAUGGAUCCACCAAUGGAUACAACAAGAAUCUCUACAAGGCCAAGGAAGAGGACUAUGAAGGCUUGUAUUACCAUGACAACAACCUGAUAUCUGGGUCCUUGGAAGCUCUUAUUGAGCACUUGGUUCCUACAGUGGCGUACUAUCCAGAUAGGACAUAUAUCUUCACAUUCCUGCUCAGCUCGCGUCUCUUUCUUCACCCAUAUGAGCUGAUGUCCAAAGUGUGCCAUUUAUGUGUGGACCAGCAGAGACUCAGUGAUCCUCAGGCAGACAAGGCUAGAGUCAGGAAAAUUGCUCCCAAGAUCCUGCAGUUGCUGACUGAGUGGACGGAGACGUUCCCCUAUGACUUUAGGGAUGAGAGGAUGAUGAAGAGCCUGAAGGAACUAACACAUCGUCUGAGCACUGGAGAGGAUCUGUAUCGUAAGGCGGUGCAACAGAUGACACAAACGCUGAUCCGUAAGCUCACCACACUGAGUCAGUAUGAAGAAGCGCUGGCCAAGAUCAACUCCUCGGUGACGGACAGACUAACCGUGCUGAAGACCAAACCGCAGUCCAUCCAGAGAGACAUUCUGACCAUCUGCAACGACCCCUUCACCCUGGCACAACAACUCACACACAUUGAACUGGAAAGGCUAAGCUACAUCGGACCGGAGGAGUUUGUUCAGGCGUUUGUUCAGAAAGACCCUCUUGAUAAUGACAAGAAUUGCUUCAGUGAUCACAAGAAGGCAAGUAACCUGGAGGCUUACGUAGAGUGGUUCAACAGGCUCAGCUACCUGGUGGCGACGGAGAUCUGCAUGCCUGUCAAGAAGAAACAUCGGGCUCGAGUCAUCGAAUUCUUUAUCGACGUGGCACGAGAAUGCUUCAACAUUGGCAACUUCAACUCGCUCAUGGCCAUCAUUACCGGGAUGAACAUGAGUCCUGUGUCGCGACUCAAGAAGACCUGGGCCAAAGUUAAAACCGCCAAAUUUGAUAUACUGGAGCACCAGAUGGAUCCCUCCAGCAAUUUCUACAACUACAGGACGGCACUGCGCGGAGCCACUCAGAGAUCCAUCACUGCUCACAGCAGCAGAGAGAAGAUUGUUAUCCCUUUCUUCAGCCUCCUAAUUAAAGACAUUUACUUCCUCAACGAAGGAUGUGCCAACAGGCUCCCGAACGGACAUGUGAAUUUUGAGAAAUUCUGGGAACUAGCCAAACAGGUGACAGAGUUCAUGACUUGGAAGAAGGUGGAGUGUCCUUUCGACAGAGACCGCAAGAUUCUGCAGUACCUCCUGACCGCUCCAGUCUUCAGUGAAGAUGCUUUGUAUCUGGCGUCAUACGAGAGCGAAGGGCCCGAAAACAACAUGGAGAAAGACCGAUGGAAAUCUCUCAGGUCAUCUUUGCUGAACAGGACAUAAUCCUUUGAGGAGCUCCAAAUCAAGUGAUCCUUCUAACAAGCAAAUUGUGUCCCCCUUUUGCCCCUUUCCAAAAGUGAGAAGUAUCCCUGUUUUUCAAGGGAGAUGACAAUCCUUAUUUUGCUGAACGGAGCAUUUUUGUGUUGGAAAGAAGAUCUUUUUGAGAGUCUUUCAUACUGGAUAUUUCAGGCUUUUUCAUCUCUUUGUGCAAACUUUUGUACUCCUUGCCCUCACCUCUCUGUCUCUAAAACAGUUUGAGCAGAAAGAACAAGUUGUUGAAAACGUCUCUACUAGACAAACCAAUUCCAAACUAUCCUGUCAUUCUUCUGUAUUGAGGAAGCCGCUGGUUGGCAAACUCAAUUGGAGAAACUAAAAAAAAAAAAAGAAGGAAAAAAAAGUAAGCCAGCAUUGUGUACUGGGUUCCAGUACUUGUAUAUUUUUAUUGUACCUGAAGCAUUAAUUUAACUAUAGAUUUACGUUGUCACUAUUUUUUGAUAUUGUGUUUGUCUGUUUUUUAUGCAUAUGAGAUGUGAGUAAUGCAUUGCUUUAACCUCUGUGAGUGACCAUUGACUUACGUGUGCUUGAUUAAACCCAAUGAGGGUCGCCGAAUGCACUGGAUGCUUCUGUGAAUAAAGAUGUCAAUUCUUUUCCUGUGGAAUAAUUUAUUUGUGAUAAUUCUGCAGUUUAAAGCUUCAUCCCUCGUCCCACUUUUUGUCGUCAUGACUUUACUGUAGACGUUUGUCGGCCUUUGAAGGAAAGACGGUGUUUGUUUGUCAGUGUUACCGUUGUAAUGCUGUUUUUACGCGAUGAAGGUGAUAUUUGUAGGACUGUUGUCGACGCUCUUGUUUGGUGAGUGGUGUUGUGUCGCCCUCUGGUGGUCAAAAGGAAAAUGACACUUCAGAGUGUCUCAAGGAAGAGUUGAAGGUUUAUCGCACCCAUAUUAGCUUGGAUUCGAGUCCAUAUGUAGAAUGUGCUAGUUUUCAUUACUGUUAUUCUAUUAAUAUUUCACAUAUUCCUUUGUGUUUAUUUAUUGGCCUCAUGGAUAUCUUUAGCUCUUGUUUUCAAAUAAGCUUUAUUAAAUGUUAUUUUGUACUAGGUACAUGUUUUUUAUAAUAUUCAGAUAUUCCCUGUCUAAAUAUUUUAUAAUGUUUAUAAAAGUUUGUAUGAGGAAAAACUAAUAUUUGAAGGUACUAGCACACAGUAUGAAGCUAAUGUAUGUCGGAUAAUGUCAGCUCUACACUUUUUUUGAUCUCCUACAGUAUGUAAAUAUUGUCAUUUCUCCAUUCUGUAUAUUGAUAUGUAUUUUGAUUGUUUGGGCAGAUUACAGAACCUCAAAAGUGAUAUGGAGUGAAUGAAAAAAAAUAAAAGGAAUUAAAGAAUGCCUAUGAAGUUCA